AUGAGAGAAUAUAAGAACCAAGGAACAGUUGCUGUUUUUGUAUUUCUGUCCUUUCAUCAGUUGAGAGCCGAGAGGUACAACACAAAGCAGCGAUUGGGCAGGGGCUUCACUUUGGAGGAGCUCAAGGCUGCAGGAUUUGGGAAGAGGUAUGCUCAUACCAUUGGCAUCUCUGUGGACUAUCGCCGUACAAACAAAUCCAUGGAGUCGUUGCAGUUGAAUGUUCAGCGCCUUAAGGAAUAUAAGAGCAAACUCAUUCUCUUCCCCUUGAAGGCCAACAAACCUAAGAAGACAGAUUCUACUCCUCAGGAGUUGACUUUGGCCCAGCAGCUGGUGGGAGAUGUUAUGCCCUUCAAACUGAAAUCCAGGAAAGAUACGGCAAGGAAAGUGACCAAGAAAUCAAAGAAAUACAGCUGCUUUGAUGCACUCCGAAGGGAACGUUCUAAUGCUCGUAACUGGGGUAUGCGUGCUAAGAAGGCAAAGGAGGCAGCAGAAGAUGCAGCUGUCACUGGCAAAAAGUAAAAUGUAUAUAAAUAAAAAAAGUGAAGGAA